AUACUAAAGAAUAAAAUGUGUACUAAAAAGUCAAGUAUUUUUAAAGAGUCAAGUGUUUUUAUAGGAGAUGGAGAAAAGAUUAUUACAACUGUAUUGCUUAAUGGUGAACGAAUUCAUAUAAGAGUUCAUACACAUGCAAGUGCGAAGAAUGUUUUUGAUGCUAUAGUUGAUUACAUUGGUUUAACAGAAGUUGUUUAUUUUGGACUAAUGAUUAUAAAAGAUGGGGAGCAGCAGUUUCUGGAUUUAGAUGAAAAACUCAAUAAGCUUGCAAAAUAUGCUCCUCACUUAUGGAAAGAUGAUAGCUCAUGCAAUUCAUCAUUGGUAUUUACUGUGUUCUUUAGAGUGAAGUAUUAUGUGGAAAACAUCUGCUUGCUUCAGGAACAGCAAACAAGGCAUCAAUACUAUUUGCAACUUCGUAAAGAUGUCUUGGAAAAUAGCAUUAGAAUACAUGAAGAUACUUCCAUGGUUCUCGCAUCUUAUGCAUUACAAGCAGAACUUGGUGACUAUGAUAGAAAUAUUCAUGGAAUUGACUAUUUUGUGCCUCAACAUUAUUUACCAGCCAGAGCUAUUGCCAAGCUUGUUAUACCAUAUAUAAAGAAUACUUUGCCAGCAAUGCAUCAAUCUCUUCGAGGUUUGAGUGAAGACCAGGCAGAAAUCGAGUUUUUAAAGGAGGCACAGAAGUUAAGUGAAUAUGGAAUACUAUUCCAUCGUGUCUACAAGAAAGAAUAUUCUAAACAAAUUCCAUACAAUAUUGGAAUUUGUCUUCGUGGUUUAGUGAUAUAUGAGGAAACAGGGCCAGUACGUAAUCCUGUAUGUAAAUUCCCUUGGACUAAAGUUAAAAAGAUGUCAUUUAAACGAAGCAAGUUUAUUGUUGAAGCUGAUACACCAAAUGUCAAGUAUUCAAAACUAACAUUUUGUACAGCAAGCUACAAAAGAUCAAGUUAUCUUCUCAAAAUAAGUUCAUCAUUUUUUAAUUUCCAAAUGAAGCUGGCAAGCAAGAUUGCUAUGUUACCUGAGCAUCAAAGCUCAAUACCUAUUAUGCCUGCAGUAAUAAAUCGCAAUGAAUCUAGUGCUCCUCCUCCUGAAAUUAAUUCUCACAAUAUUCUUUCUGUGCGACAAUCAGGAUCAAGCAAAGAUACUUCAACCAUUCAAGCAAAACCAGAGGUGAAACAGACAACGAUUGACUUGAUUAAAAAAGAUGGAAGUUUUGGAUUUAGUAUAGUGGGAGGAAUAGAACUGGGAGGUAUAUUCGUAAAAGAUAUUACUCCUGGUGGUCCUGCAGCUCUUUCUCGUCAGAUAAAUGCUGGGGAUCGAAUUGUUCAAAUAAACAAAGUCAGUUUUGAAAAUGUGACUCGUAGAGAGGCUAUAAAUACAUUAAGAAAUGCUCCUGAUAAAUCAAAAUUUGUUAUUGAAUCAUUUGGUCGAAAUAUUAUUAUUGAAGCUGAUGCAUCUUUUAAUACAUCACAUGUUAUGUCUACACAAUCAAUUGCUCAACCACAAAUACCUUUUGUACAGAAUGAAAGAGAAUCUGAUUAUAUUCGGGUGAAUCUUGUAAAGCACAACAAUACAUUUGGUAUUGGAUUUACAGGAGGUCCUGAGCUUGGUGGUGUUUAUGUCAAGUCUCUUCUUCCGCAUAGUUCUGCUGAAAUUGACGGUCGCAUAGCAGUUGGUGAUAGAUUGGUUGAAAUUGACCAGAUUAAUGUAGAAAAUUUUACAAGAAAAAAGAUUCAAGAUUUUUUGAAGCAAGCCCAAGGACAUGUUAGCAUUGUUGUUGAGCGUUACAAGCAGUUACCAUUUGCUGGUGGAUUGAUGCACAUUGAUAGAGAAAAAGUUUUAAGAUCAAGCCCUAAUUUCAUCUCAAUAACACUGAAUAAAAAGAAUGACAGUCUUGGAUUCAGUAUUACUGGGGGUUUAGACUUGGGUGGUAUAUUUGUAAAAUAUCUGAACCCCAAUGGACCAGCAGCAUGCGAUAAAAGAUUGGAAAUAGGAGAUCGUGUUGUGGGUGUAAAUGAUAUAAGCCUUGAAACUGUUAGUAGGCAAAAGGCACUUGAAAUUCUUCGAAAUGCAACUUCUCCAGUCAAUUUAAUUAUUGAAAAAUGUGUUACUCCAGGAAUUCCCUUACUAAAUAAUGGAACAAAACUAAUGAGAUCAGACUCCAUAAAAUCACUUCCAGCUCAAGCAAUGCAUCAGAGACAAAACAUUGCAACACAAUCACGUAAUCUUAACUUCUCUAUGCAACAUUUAGCAAAUGCAAUAUCUGGUGUUCCACCGAAUGUAAACCAAUUAAAUACUCAUGAUAUGAAUGCAAAUUACAAUGAGUCUUCAAAAAUUAUUCUGCCAAACAAACCUGCUAAAGAGGUAUUUGUUGUUGACUUGACAAAGAAAAAUGGAUGUUUUGGAAUAAGCUUAACAGGUGGCGUAGAAGUAGGAGGUAUAUUUGUAAAAGCGCUUAAACCUGGUACACAUCCAAGUAUACAAAAAGGUGAUCGUGUUAUUGAGAUAAAUGCACGGCGCAUGGAAGGUCUAUCUGGGGCAGAAGCUAUCAACUGGUUAAAGUUGUCAGGCAAUACAGCUACUUUUAUAUUAGAACGAUAUCAACCACAUGUGUAUCAACCACAUGUUGAAAGUCCUCUACAGCUCUCUCAGCUUUCAAGUUUUGAUGGGGAUGUUUUGCAACUCCAGCUUCAGAAAAGAAACAAUUCAUUCGGUUUAUGUCUAGCGGAUAUUCCUGAUCAUCGUGGAGUUUUUAUAAAAAAUAUUAUGCCAGGAGGAAGUGCUGAGUCUGAUGGAAGAUUAGAGAGAGGUGAUCGGCUACUCGAGAUUAAUGGUAUAAACCUUGAUGGAUUAAACAAAAAUCAGGUCAAUGAUUUGUUAAAGCAGUCACCAACAACUUUAUAUCUUUUAGUGGAAAAAUCUUAUGUUGCUGAUAACUUACGGAUUUUGGAUAAGGACGUAUAUAGUGUGGAUUUAAAGAAGGGAGAUGCUGGAAUAGGUUUAAGCAUAACUGGAGGAGCAGAAUUUGGUGGAAUUUUUGUUAAGGGACUUUUACCUGGUGGAAUAGCUGAUUCAAUAAAAAAAAUACAAAAAGGUGAUCGUCUAUUGGAAGUAAAUGGUACCAGCUUAAAUGGACUCAACAAACAACAGGCAUGUGAAAUUUUGCAAAAAGCACCUGUAAAUAUCAACUUACUUCUGGAGAAAAAUGCAACAUAUGAUGGUAUUGUUAUACCAGAAUCAGAAUAUUUCACAGUAGAGCUCCACAAAAAGAACAAUGGCUAUGGACUAAAUUUGACUGGCGGUCCUGAAAUUGAUGGUGUUUAUGUCAAACAAGUUCAAAAAGACAGUGCAGCUGAUCAAGAUGGAAGAAUAAGAAAAGGUGAUCGUUUGAUAACAAUCAAUGGACGAAAUGUUGAAAGCAGCACUAGACAAAAGUGUACAGAAAUGUUAAAACUAACUCAAGAUAUUGCUGUUCUUCUCAUGGAACGAUGUGUUGUCGGUGAGGAUUUACCACCACUUGAUACAGUAUUGACAGUUGUAAAGUUAACAAAAUCUGUUAGUGGAUUCGGAAUCAGUUUGACUGGUGGUCCUGAAAUUGGUGGUAUUUUUGUGAAAGCAUUGAUGCCUGGAGGGUGUGCUGAAAAUGAUGGACAUAUUUUGAUAGGUGAUCGUUUGGUUGAAAUAAAUGGUCAAAGUUUUGAUAACCUGACUCGCCAACAAGCCACUGAUCUUCUAAAAAACUCUCCUAAUAAUGCUACAUUUAUCUUAGAAAGAUACAAAACUAAAUUAAAAGAGCAACCAAUAAUCCAUCCUAGUACCAUGUCUACUCUGACUCAGCCUAAACCAUUACUUAGGCCUACAGAAAGACAAUCACCACAAAUUUGUGAACCCCAUUUUGCAUUUCCCUUAUAUAAUGGUACCGCUCCUUCAGUUCCUCCACGCCAUAAUGCAAAUGGUGGACCUGGAAGAGAAAGUGCAUUUAAAAGAUUUGAGCAGAGAUUAUCUGAUACUUCACCAAAUAAUUUUUAUCCGCAUAGCAAUGACGGAAAUACUAUUUCAAGCAGGCAAAGACUAAAUUCUGUGGAAAAAGAAAAUGUUGAAAGCUCUGCUUCAUAUAAUACUGAAUCAAACCAAUUAUACAAUUUUCAUGUUUCUAAAUUUCCAGAAAAAGAAAAUGUAACUUCGCCAUUGGGUGUAGUGGAUGGCCCUUUGCGAAAGUUUGUGUCUUCCCAAAAUAAUGACGACUCACCUCAAAGAUUUAUUCAAAAACUAUCAAAGUCAGUUGUUCCUCAAAAUAUGGACAAUAUUUUAUCAGCUUCUCGUAUUCCAUUAGGACCUAUUUCUUCUGCCAUUUUUGGAGGAAAUAGAGAUGGUCGGAAUGUACAUGAACUUUUAGAUCCUGAAAUAACAAGAGAGCAUAUUGAAGGGGUUCGUUUUGUCAUUGAUAACAAUAAUGAUUCAUUGUCAGGCGAUGGCUACAAUAGGUCAGGUGAUAGCUACAACAGAGGUUCUAUUGAACAAAGAGAAAAUAACAAUACUUAUGAACAUAUAAAAAGUCGAGCUUUAUUGAAUACUUCAAGUAACCAAAUUUCAGCAGAUGUUCAUGUUCACACGCUCUCAAAUAAUACUUCUAUGUCAAAAUCUUAUAAAUGUAUCAAACCAACUUCUGAUACGGUAAUGCAAGCAACUAAAGUUGAAAACAAGUUUUAUCUUGCUAAAAUUCCGGAAGAACAAAAAUCACAACAAGCUCAGGUAUUAUCACCUCAAAAUGCUAAUUUUUCAUUAAAUCAAGAUAAUAAACCAACAGAUAAUAAAUGUUUUGCAAAAGAAAAGCAAGAACUAGUGAAUGGCUCUGCAAAACCUACAGGUUUACAAUGGAUAAGUUUAAAUUCAAAUGACCAAAAUAUAAAAUCGGAAAGCAAGAACAAUGUUUCUCCUCGUGAAAUCGAUAUUUCUAAUUCCCCUAAUUCACCAAUUGGAAACAUGCCAAAAAGUACCCAAAAAAGUGAAAGUGCAAUUUCACGCUCUCCUCAACAACUUAGUUGUGAUAUACCAGUUCCAUUUGCUUCAAGAUUUAAUAAUACACCAACAGCAAAAAACAAACCUUCAGGAGAUUUUGUGUUUGAAGUGACUUUACAUAAAGGCAGAAAUGGAUUUGGAAUGAACUUAGUUGGUGGAGGAUCUGCUGACAAUCCACUUAAAAUAAAAAAAGUUGCUCCUGGGACUUCAGCGGAAGAAUCAGGAUUGCUCAGAGUUGGUGAUAUUUUACUUAAGGUAAAUGGUAAAAGCGUAGAUCAUCUUGUCGCAAAAGAUGUUAUCUCCAUGUUAAGAGGAUGUCAAUCUGAUGUUCACCUUCUUUUAAUGAGAUGUGCUGGGCAAAGUGAAUCGAUUUCUUCUAAUAAUUUGUCAUCUAUAGGAUUGUAGCAUAAAUGAAUUUUUUGUUCAGCUUUUAUAAUUUAUAUUAUAUAAUGUAUAUAGUUUUAUAUCUGUGUUAACGUGUUUCAUUACAAUAUAUAUUAUAUUAAAGAGUUAUUCGUGCA